AAGAACUGAAUGAGAUGAGAGAGCAACUGAUUAAAAUGGAGGAACUGAUGCAUAUACAUAGACUGCGUCUGUUGAGUGCAGAGCAUACAAGUACCCGUGAAAGUUCUGCAAAACCAUUCAAAUCUCGAAUUCUCAAAAAGCAUCUGAUGUCCAUGACUUCUAAUGUACAUUAUUACAAAGGGAAUGACUAUGGACCUUCUGUUGGAAUUAUACUACAAAAAAUGGGAAAUCGAGUGAUGAAGAUAUUAGACAUCAAAGAUCACUCAGUUCAUAACAGACACCUGGACAAAUUGACAAUAAAUGAAGUAGGUCGUUCCAAUUAUUAUUUUAAUGAUUCCGUUACUAAUCCUGAUUUUGUAGAUAAUUCAGAAAUAGGUGCAGAUAAUACUGAUGGAAAUAAUAUCACAGAAUCAGUUAGAAGGUCGCAGCUACUUGCAAGCAAACCGAGACAUCGUUAUAAAUACUCAAGGAGAUAUUCGACGUGUGGCGGAUGUGGUGAUUGACAAUUUCUAUUUCUGUAUUGUUUAA